UCAUUAGAGAGAGCCUCCGCAUUGUAGGUCGAUCAACAGAUUCGUCUGAGAUUCAAAAGCCAGAGUGAUACAGACCAAAUACUAGGUCUUUUUCAAAGUCUUGGCUUCCAGGCCAGGCCAAUGCAAUCAUCUCGACGUCAGCCAACUCCACUGCAACAAUUUCGGUCAUCUUCGGUUGCAGGUGACUUCCAUACUUCUACCACGACCCAGCCUUACUCCUCUAGGCAUAAUGCAAGUUUGAUGCGGCAGGACUCCCAACAUCGGUUGAUCUCCCCUCUGGGAACUCAAAUUGUUCCGGAAGGAAGCCACUCAAUACCUCGAGCCAGUAGUGUAGCUGCGCAGACAUACCGGCCUUUAACGUCCGUCAGUCAACGCGCAGGAUCUGUUCACCAGUCCUCACAUGGAUUUGCGACAUCUCACACCUUCAACCGAUCUCGCACUGCAUUCACAGAGAUCCCGAAUGAAUACGUAUCGCAUACAGCCUCGCCGAAUACAGAGUUCAUGUCCGCGGCCCCUACGCCUUCAACAGUUUCCCGCCAGCGGCCAUCGAUGCGCUCACCGCCAGCCCUGCAGGACGUCCGCAACUGGAACCUCAGUCCAUCAGCCGAUGAAGUCGCGUUCACCAAGUACGACGAACAAACAACGAGGCCUAGUUCUAGGGCCCAUAUUCAAGAUAUGCUUCCUCCCCGCCGUCAGCUUCCGUUCUCUGUCGGAAGUGGGACAGAGAAAAAGAUUACUAAAGGCACCACGCACCCCGGGACUCCAGAGCUCAACCAAGACUCCCGGGGUGUGAGCAAAGAGGGACCACUCCUCAGACCUCGUACAUCAGAUAAUGAACCUACUGAAGGCCCAGGAUCGGCGGAGCGAGGCAAAGGAGCGCAAAUGACCAGGACCAACUUCGACAAGAGAAAAGACGCCGAUGUGAUCGACAAUACAUCUUACAAGAAGCAAAAGUGUUCUUCCCAGACGACAUUGAUUAACAAAUCACCGAUCCCGCUGCCAACUAUUUCGUCUGCUCAUUUCCAACGCAGAGCGCUAUCACGGACUUCAAGCCUUGUCAUCGGGCAAGAGCAACGGCCAUCGCCAGAAAGUAUUGAGAUUGGCGGUAUCAACCACGGGAUAAAGGAUGCGGUUGCUUCUGCGUCGCUGAACACAAUGGAAUCCGCAGAGAUUGAUAUUGUAAGACGUGCCCAAGGUACGAUUAACAGAGGGUCAUUUAGUGCGGAUUCGCGUCCGACAAUGUCGGUGGAAGGAUGUGACCAGGUCCCGUCAACCCGUGUCAUGAUACCAGUACAGCGCGCAGAAGCAGUCAAAGAAAGCGUUGACAUGCCGCGGCAGGGGUUGACAAAUAUGGGCCAUGGCACACAAACCGAGCCUGUUCCCUCUGGUUCCUCUGGAAAGGAGGAAGAACUCUUCAUCGCAAGGUUCAAAUUGGUGUGGGACAUCAGAAAUCUACACCAAACAUCUUUCCAUCGUUUGCUCGACCCUUUCAAGCCAAAGCACCGCAUAGACGAAAAGAGAGUCUUGGAGGAGUUGGAGCAGAGUGCUAUUGAUCUCUGCCAGGUCGCGAUUGACCGCUACGGUCCUGAAGUGGGCGAUAUACCAUAUGAGAAGCUCCUGAAAGCUAUCAUGGUUCCGGGAUAUUGAGCGAAUGUGAUGUUUUACGAGAAAAGAUUACGCCUCGGGGCGCGACUGAUUUGACUUGACAGGGAGGAUUCUGAACGGGUUGCAAUAAUGGCAUAUGAUGAAGAUGUUACGAAGGGAGGCCAGGUAGUUUUAUCACGUCAUGGUGCGAUUCAGUUAAUGAGAGAAUGAGAAUUGCGGUCCUAUGCUACAAUAGAAUCGAUGAUCUGCCUCUUCA